UGGGGGAACUCUCAGGCACGCCACAGCCUCUGGACUUUUUCUAUUUGGAACGACAGCGGCGCGACUUUCUGACGGAAACAUGGUGGCGGCAGGCAUGCAGGUGCUGGGCAUCGCCCUGUGCAUCAUCGGCUGGAUCGGAACCAUCGUGGUGUGCGCCCUGCCCAUGUGGAAGGUGACGGCCUUCAUCGGGCAGAACAUCGUGACGGCGCAGACGACGUGGGAGGGCAUCUGGAUGACCUGCGUGGUGCAGAGCACGGGCCAGAUGCAGUGCAAGGUGUACGACUCCAUGCUGGCGCUGUCCCAGGACCUGCAGGCGGCCCGGGCGCUCAUCAUCAUCUCCAUCCUGAUCGGCAUCCUGGGCAUCCUGCUGGGCAUCGCCGGGGGGAAGUGCACCAACUGCGUGGAGGACGAGACCUCCAAGGCCAAGAUCGGCGUGGCGGCCGGCGUCAUCUUCAUCAUCGCCGGCGUGCUCUGCCUCAUCCCCGUGUCCUGGACGGCGAACACCAUCAUCAGCAACUUCUACAACCCGCUGCAGGUGAACGCCCAGAAAAGGGAGCUGGGCGCCGCGCUCUUCAUCGGCUGGGGCGCCGCCGCCCUGCUCAUCCUGGGCGGGGCGCUGCUCUGCAGCAACUGCCCUCCAAAAGACACCUACUCCGCCAAGUACUCCGCUCCCCGCUCGUCUGCGCCCAAGGACUACGUGUGAGGAGGGCAGGCCGGGCGGAAACGCCGCGAGACUGAACAAAAGACUCGGUGGAAAUGCAUUGUGGUCCGCGAAAUUGAUUCAUGAUGUCCAUUUUUCUCAGUUCGUUACUCUGACGUUGAGUUUUGUUGAUCCAGGAUUUCUUUUCAUUGAUGCUGAGAUAAAAAAAAAAAAGGGUGUGCCCCACACCCAGAAAACUGUUAUGUGAACUGAGUCACGCACGGUUUGAUCAGUGGGAACCGUUCACUCAAACUCUGCUUCUCGUCUCGUUAUUUUGAUGUAUUUUGUGUCAAUCAUUUUUGCUAUUAUAUGUUUUUUUUUAAAAAGCAUUUACAUAUCAUUUCAUGUUCGAGUGUGUUUUUAUGUCUACCUGAAACUGUAAAUAAAACUGAUUUGUUUACACUCA